CGUGUCAGUGUCUGCCACUGUUAGUUACCAGCGCGCCAGCGUGUGUGUGUGUGUGUGAGUCCAACACCGAGGCCGUGUCGCUAGGGAGAACACCAGUGGGAAGGUGCCAUUGUUGCAGUGUCAUAGAGGCAUGUGCUGGGGAUGAACAACCAAUGACUACGGCAAGCGUUGAUGACCGUUGAACCCAAGUUACCGUUACUUACCUGUGGGGAACAACUAGUAACUACUACAGUCAUUGAUGAUCGUUAAUCCCCAGCGUCUGAAGGAGUCAAAUGAGUCGGCACUAGAAGUCCUCAGUGUCAGCCUAUGAGGUCUGACCCAGCAGGGCAAAAAGGCACAAUGGACGAACCUCAGAAGUUACUGAUGAGGUGUGCCAAGGCGGGGGACACAGCCGGGGCAGACGUGGCACUUCAACGGGGUGCCAGGGUGGACCUGCUGGAAGUACAGGACCCGUCUGCCGGGGGCGGCGGUAGGGCAGCUCUCCACCAUGCCUCCGCCGCUGGCCAUGUCGACGUUGUCAACCUCCUAAUUGACUUCAAGGCCAAUGUUGACAUCAAGAGCAAAAUGGCCGGCGACCAUGGGGCGGCAGCGUUGCACCUGGCAGCUCUCAACGGCCAACUGGAUGUGGUCAAAUCGCUGGUUCGUGCCGGCGCUCAUCUUGAAGACAGAACCAACCAAGGUGCGACACCACUACACCUGUCGGCGGGUGGCGGCCACGUUGAGGUGUUGGAACACCUGCUCAGAGCAGCUGCAGACAUGGAGUCAGCUGAUGACAAAGGAAGACGGGCCGUGCACUGGGCCGCAUCAAGGGGCCAGCAGGAGGCCAUGGAGAUUCUGAAGGCGAAUGGUGCCAACCUCCACUCCCGGGCCCACGGCGGCGCCACCGUCCUUCACUUCGCGGCUGCUGACGGCGAUCUGAGCUUCGUCAAGUGGUUGGUGGCGGCGGGCAUCAGAUGUGACGCGAAGGACAAGCACAACAGGCUGGCAAAGGAACUGGCGAAGAGUCGAGGCCAUCAUGACGUCCACAAAUACCUGAAGGGUCACACCCCAAGCAAGGGCGGCCUGUUUCAGUUCGUGAGGUCACCCCUAAGGAGCUCGUCCGGACGAGCUAGCAAGAGGCACAAAAACCCGCAGCUCAGAGACGGUUCGUGGGAGAGGAAAGCACAUCGACCAGACCGACCACACACUAUUGAUCUGUCACCAGAGACAGACGUGGAGCCUGAGGUUCUAGCCAGGACCGACGUAGCACAAGCCGGCUUGGAGAGGACCACCCUUCGAUCAUCGGGCCCUGAGAGUGCUGACAUAAGGCUUGCAAGCAAUGCCUCUGAGCCGGAAUUAAACUCAAGCAAGAUGGACUAUAGACGAAAACUGAGCUUAGACAGUGCGGACUUUGGACUAAAACUGACUGCAGAAAAGACGGACUAUGGAUCUAAACAGAGGUCUGAAAAAACUUUCCCAGAGCCGUCAGUGAGUUCUUACAAGAUAAAUCUGAGCUCAGAGAGCCCAGGCCAUGUAGAGAAGGCUGAGAGAGCACCAACACCUCCUGAGACCCGUCAACUAACUUCCUGGCGGUCGCCAGGCUCCAGGUCUCUGGAUCGUGAUGGAGUACACUCACUUCCUCCUCUCUCUACUCCCCUCUCGCGGCAAUUGUCUACUUCGGGAUCUACCCGAGAACGAGAGAGCAAGCGAACUCUUUCCCGGAGCUUCUCCCUGACCCGAAGGUCGACACGCAAAACGCAGCUGAAAGAACUCACGGAGAACAAGGGCAUACUGGAAGACGUCCUCAGGAGCAAGGAGUUGGAGCUCGCUGGCCUUCGGGACCAAUUGACGCAACUUGAACGUGAGAAGGUAGAGGCUGAGGUACUCGCCAGAGACCUUCAGCACCACCAGCAGGGCCAGACCGACUACCAACAGCACCUCCUGGUGGUCUCACGUCAGAAUGAAGAAUAUCAACGAAUGAUCGAACACCUGGAAAGGAGACAGGAAGAGUUCAUGCAGGUAGACUCUGCCAAGAGCGACGCAAUCGCCGCCUGCGACUCCCACAUCAGAGACCUCACGCGUACAGUCGGCGAGAACAGAGAACAGCUCUCCAGAUACCAGAAGCAGCAUGAAGAGAGAGAGGCCGAGCUACUGGAGUUGGACGCUGCCCACAAGCAGACCAUCGACACGCUCAAGGCAGACGUGGACCGCCUCACAGCCAUGCUGAGGAAGAGUGCUGAUCGCUUCGUCGGGAGAGAGAACGGAACUCCGGAGAAUGAAGGGGAGGAUGAAGAGGGCGACGGGUACGUGCGGGAGGACGGAAUCAUAAGAUCAGUUGACCACCUGGAGAAGAAUCUUAAUAUGAUGUCCAGGAGAGUUGAGGAGUUCGAUGAAAUCGUCGCUGGUCUCGAGGAGGAGUUACGACUCAAGAAUAUGGAGUUGGAGAAUAUUAAGCAUGAACAUCAACAGACGGUGGCCGCCUUCUGGGAGGAGGUGGAGGCUCUGAAGGCUAAACAGAAGGAGCAGGAGGAGCGGGUUAGCUUCUACGAGAAGAGUGUUGCUGCUCUCAACGACAAACUGGCCGAAAAGUCCACCACAGUGAAAGAAUACAAGCGACACAUCUCAUCACUCCAGACGAAGUACAAGAAGCAAGUGGAGGAACUUACUGACAAACUAGAGGAAGAAAGAAGAGAGAGGCAGAAGGAGAGAGGAGCAGGCGACCAUGAGAUAUCCCUCCUGACAAGCCAGCUGAAGAAGGAGAGGAAGCAGCAGCAGCAGCAGCAGGAAAAGCCACCCAGCAGCAUGGGGGAUGCUCAUGGUCCCUGAUAUGUGAUAUCAAGAGACAUCUUCGACACAAUCUUCAGAGAACCGACCUGUGUGAAUGAAGUGUAGAUAUUCGAUGCUAAGGUUAGCACUACACUCACCUUUUGUGGUCGAUAGUUCAAUAAAUCACUGAACUACUGUGUAUGUUUAACAGAUCUCUAAUCCUGUCCGUAGAGGACAGAAGAAAAUGUAUACAGUAUAUGUUGGUUAGCAUUGUAAAUGUGUGGCCACGUCUAUGGUAGAAAAUAAUAAUAAUAAAAAAUUAACAAUAUAUUGUGAAUAUUGCCUGCAAUCUUAAUCGAGUUUAGCUGAAGAUACAAUGUAAAUAAGAUUCAUCUUGUGAUAAUUGACCACAGGAUCCUUUAGCCUCUCUAUCUUGGGUAAUAUUAAGGUUAACUUUAUAUAAUUUUGCAGUUCUGUUAAAUAUUAACAACUGUAUUGGAUUUCUAAAACAAUUGUGAAAUUAGACGUCAUGACAUGUUUUUCUAGACGAUAACUUUUAUAUCUGAUAAGACAGUAAUAGGCAGUGAUAAAUUAAUAUCGCAAGAUGGGAAUAUAUACAGUUAACAGUAUCAAUGAUUAUUCUUACCGUUUUAAAUUUUGGUGUAAUAGUCUAUACGACCCUCAUAACCACUACUAAUAAUAUAAAUAAAAGGGAAUUUUAAAUCUUAAGUAAUUAUCAAAAGGUGCCAAGCCAGAAGACUAUAUAUGCUGCACCGAUUUUAUUUAAUUCUGAAUCGCCUGCCAUUAUCGGUGUCAUUUAUUAAUUGGAAACUAUCAUAAAAAAAGUAAUCAAUGAACAUCACCUCUCAACCUUAGAACAGAAAAAGCAAGAUCCUGCAGGUGAGUCAUUUUAGUAUAGUGGCUACAUUCUAGACUAUAGAGGUUCCAGAGUUCGAACUCCAAGCUGGACAAAUAGUUGGGCUGUUUUCUCUCGCCUAAUGCCUCUGUUCACCUAACAUUAAAUAGGUACCUAGGAAUUUGGCAGCUGUUGUGGGGUUGCAGUAACCCCACAGAUUAAUUAGGCAACCUAGGAGGGACCGCAAUAAAGCCGUAAACACACACAAGUUCACACAAGUUUCCUGUCCUGGAUGAAUUAAGUACAACUUAUAUGGAUAAGAUGAAUUAACAUUAAGAGAAUUAAGAUGGUACCCAAACACGUUACCACGUUACUGGUAGCAAGGCACUUUUCAAUAAAGUGCAAUGUUGGAAAUUGGUUUGAUCAUUUUGUACAGAUGAAGUUAAAAUGUUAACAAUAACUUGAGGCAAACAUUCCAACUGAUUUUUAUAUUAAUUGAGUGUAUGGGAUGAUUGCUGUCAUAACUUCUCAUAAUAUCAAGCCAACAAUAUGAAUACAUUAUUACUGUGCAUGUUGCUAGCUAAGCAAUAUGGGGCUUUCAUGGUUAAAACUGGUCUUGUACAAUGUCAUCUAACCUAACCCAACUCUUCAGAUCUCCAGUGACCCAUUUGACCAGGCUACGGUGUAUUAAGAUGAUAGACAAGCAAUUAUUCCAGCCAACUGGCUGGCUGGCUUGCUUGUUUCCCCUUCCCCUUUAUUUCAAGCCUCAAACUGCCAUGCUUUUGUGCAUUCUUUAGACAAGUUUUGUUAGUUACUGUAGAUUAAUUUAAUCUACGUGUUAUGUUCAAGUUUAAUAGGCACCAACUACAUCAUGCAAAUUAGUUUAUAAAUACAUAAAUCAAAGAUGGGAUACCUCUAUGUCAACUAUCACUCAGGAUGGUACUUUAGUGUAUAAAAAAAAAAAAAAAAAAAAAAAAAAAAAAUUUAAGCGAGAGGGCCUCUCUUACAAACAAAAAUGAUCAAAAGCGCAGUAAUCAAUAAGAGUCAAGUGUACAUGAACACUAACACCGAUUAUUUUUGCAUUAUAUAGCUUGCUGUAAAUACUAAAACUACAGUAUAUUUACAUCAUUUAAUACUAAUUGCAGCAAACAAGUGCCUUAAAUCAGGACGAAUUGUGCUACUGUGUAAGAUUAAAACGAAUAUGCCUACAUGACAUGUAGGCAGACAAUUAUAUAUAGAUAUACAUUAUGUUAAUUUGGUUUUAGUUUCUCUUUAAAUAUAGUAAUUAAAAAUAAAGUACACCAUUGCAUUUUGGUUGAAGGAGACAUUCACAAUUUAGGACCACUAUAUUUGCAUGGCAUUUUUGCUUUUGUCAAAUAGGACCAAGUAUCAGAUUUAAGUUUCUACCGUCAAGUUCUGUUGCAGCCUUUGGGACCCAUGUCUGGGGACAGAGUCAUGCCUGAACUAAGUUUUUGGCAACAAUUAGUAUCAAGCCUUAGAAUUUUGAAGAUGUGCAGUAUGCUUGUAUGUAGUGCUUCUAUAAUUCCAAUGUUCAAAAAGGGGUUUGAAUAAAGUUGUUGCAUACAUGA